CGUCAAAUAGGAAAUUCUUUCGUUCAUCAUUUAGUAUUUAAGUCCAUGUUUAGAUUGCGAUGUUACACUUCAUAUGAAGAAAACUUGAUUUGCAUAUUCACAAAAGGCCAUUUAAGAAUUUGAUGAUGAUCAAACUGAGGAAGUUUGUUGCAAUAAUGUGCUUGAUAGCUGGAACACGAGGGACUUUUACACAUAAAGUUCAUUGUUUCGACUGUAACUACGACUCAAAUGGAACGGGUGGAUUUGGCGCAUGUUCAUUGAAGACGCGCCAUGAUUUUCCAUUAGUUGACACUCCCGGAUGUGAUUCAGAAACUUGCUUUAUAAGGAAGGAUCCUAACGGGUAUAUAUACCGAGGUUGCGCGGACCAGGUCAAUUUGCCUUUGGAUGUGGACACAACCAGUGGAGUCUGUACCUACCAAGGAUAUGGUCCGUACAAGUCACUUUGGUACUUCUGUGGCACACACGAAUGCAAUAAUGGACUUUUGGAGGAGAAAUGCUUCAAUUGUGUCUAAAUGAUUUAAAUGCAAUAGACGUUAUGGAAAAUGAUGUGAUUAUAAUUGAACCAUUGCAUACUGGCACAACGAUUGACUUUUAGAGAAGUUAAAAGAGAAUUUUGCUUUUGUGUAAUCAUGCUGAGACAAUAAUAUAAGAUUGUAGAUUGAAAAUAUCAAAACAAAGAUUCCCCUUCCUGUUUUGUUAUAUAGAACACAUGC